AAUGAAUUAACUGUAAAGUGUAGAGAACGAUAAAAUAGAUUUAUAUUGAUGGACGAUUUGAGUGCUAAAAUUAAGUGGACACAAGAACUUUCUUUCAAUAUAAAUUAAAUGUGUUAACGUUCAAUUUUAUCAAUAUUCUUGCAAUUAUUUUUGUUCUUACGAUAUUAUUGUCAAUGGAAGCGAAAGCACUUUUCUUAACCAACUGAUUCACUUCAGGUUCUAAAUAUACGAAACGUAAGAGUUAUUCGGACUUGCAUUAUUUCCAAUUACAGCCGUAAAAUGGUGACAAUAAUCUAUUCGUUGUUAUUAUGGACUUUUCUGUUAUGUUCCGUGAAUUGUGAAUACAAACCGUGUCAAUUACGAGAAUAUCCAGAUGGAUUUGUGUGCGUUUGUAAUGAAGAUUAUUGUGAUACAAUGGAUGUGAAAAAACCGCAGAAAUUUGGUGAUUUCCUGACCAUUUCAUCGACAAAAUCUGGAAAAAGAUUCGAGGUGAAUAAGGGACGCUUCAAACCGAAGCCAAUCGAACCGAAUGUCAGACGAGUCAGACGUUUCUCGGAUUUGUUUCGCACCAAACGUAAUACAAAAACAACAACGGUUGAAUCACUUUCAUUGACCAUUAAUCUAAAUAAGACGUAUCAGAAAAUGGUUGGAUUUGGAGGCGCCUUUACAGGGACGGUAUCAUAUUUAUUUGACUCGAUGCCAGAAUCGUUGCGGCAUACACUUUAUCGUAACUAUUAUGCACCGGACGAAGGAAUCGGAUAUACAAUGAUGCGGUUACCAAUAGGUGGGUGCGACUUUGACCAGAGUCCAUGGGCUUACAAUGAGUACCCGAUCGAUGACCGGCAACUGUCCAAUUUUACGCAAUUGGAUCCAAGAGAUGUACGGCGCAACGAACAGAUAAAUGUUAUUAAAAAAGUGGCGAACAUUGAUUAUAUCAAAUUGAUAGGAGCUGCAUGGAGCCCGCCAAAAUGGAUGAAAACUAAUAAUGCAUGGUCAGGCUAUAAUGCGCUUAAAGAGGAAUUUUAUCAAACGUGGGCCGAUUAUCAUGUACGAUAUUUAGAUUUAAUGGCCGAUGCAAAUAUGACAUUUUGGGGACUUUCAACUGGCAACGAGCCACUAAAUGGUGAAAUUGGAUGGUUUUUCGUUCAUUUCAUGAGUUUGGGUUGGAUGCCAGGGAAUCAAGGAAAAUGGAUUGCGGAAAAUUUGGGUCCAUCACUUUUGGAAAAGUCAAAAUUUCGUGAUUUAAAAUUAUUUGCUGGCGACGAUCAGCGUUACACAUGGCCUUGGUGGUUUGAACAUUUGAAUAAGAGUACAUUUGAUGGAAAGUCCGCAAUGGAUUUUGUUUCGGGUUUGGCCGUUCAUUGGUAUUGGGAUCGCUUAAUUUCGCCGACAUUGCUUGAUCAUACACACGAAAAAUUCCCAGAUAAAAUCCUACUGAACACUGAAUCUUGCAUUGGUGACAAGCCUUUCGAGAAGCAUGGCCCAAUUUUAGGCUCAUGGCCACGAGCUGAGCGCUAUGCACUGGGAAUGAUUCAGGACUUUCAACAUUAUGUUGCUGGCUGGAUUGAUUGGAACUUAUUGUUGAACGAACAUGGAGGACCUACUUAUACAAUCUAUAACACUGUUGAUUCUGCCGUUAUUUUGAAUACAACCACUAAAAAUGAAUUUUACAAACAGCCAAUAUUCUAUGUGCUGGCGCAUUUUUCAAAAUUUAUACCGUCGGAUUCAGUGCGCAUCGAAGCAGAAUUGAGUGGUUUUAGAGCUUUUAAUAUAAAAACUGUUGCAUUUCUAUGCCCAGAUAAUAGUGUAACUGUCAUUCUUUACAAUCAUUCCGAUAAAUUGCGAAUAGUCGAUUUUACAGAUGACUUGCGUGGCUCUUAUGAAUUUCGUUUGGAGCCACGUUCAAUUACGACUUUUGUAUAUGCAUAAAAUUAACGUUACAUUUUCAAUGUAAAAUGACCAAAAAAAUGAUUGAAUUCGAAGAUUUUUUAAGGAAAAAGAAACAAAUAA